AAACCUCUCGGCUCAUAGACAGCCCUGAGAGCCCACAAGAGCAACUGUUAGAGCCGAGAUAGAGAGACAAACAAAUAGAUCUCACUGACAGAAAAAUCACAUUAAAAAGUAAAACGUCAACUCAAAACAACAUCAAUCCAAAAAGGUAAAAAGCCUGAAUUGGAGAAGUAAUUUAUUACAAAAAGUCGAAAUUAAUCAACAGAUUAAUUUUGAUGAAUUUUAGGGAAUGAGUAUAAAGGAGACGUUUGAUUUUUUCCGAAAAGACAAGUGGAUCUUUACUCACCUCUAAGAGAAACACGGACAACGACAGGACCACGGGAGAGCAAGAGUCACGGACUAAAGACAGAAAAGCUGCAUCUUCCUCGGCAUCAGAAGAAGUGUGCAGCGCUCCCUGAACGGGGCUAAGUGAUUCCUUCCACCUGCGAGGCACCGCUCUGCUAACGUGCGCCCAGCCUCCACGCACUCAACACCAGCCAUCAGCGCAGUCUCAGCCCUGCAGCUUCAGCACCAGCAGAGGAUGGCUGCAGCCAAGACUGAGAUGAUUCUCCCAGCCCUGCAGAACUCCGAGCCCCUGAGGUUCUCUCACUCCCCCAUGGAUAGCUACCCUAAGCUGGAGGAGGUGAUGAUGCUCAGCUCUGCAGGGACCCCAUUCCUCUCUGCGUCUGCACCAGAAGGUGCCGGUUUUGGCUCCGGGGAGCCAGGAGACCAGUAUGACCACCUCGCUGGAGAUACGUUACCUGAUAUCCCCUUCAACUGUGAGAAGCCAGUGGUGGAGCAGACCUACCCAACCCAAAGGCUGCCCCCCAUCUCCUAUACAGGCAGCUUCACCCUUGAGCCCGCCACCACCUGCAGCAACAGCCUCUGGGCAGAGCCGAUCUUGGGCCUGUUCUCUGGGCUGAUAGGCAAUGUUGCGCCCAGCUCUAGCUCUUCCUCCGCAGCCUCACAGACCAUCUCAUCCUCCUCCUCUUCAGUCCCAUCUUCCUCUUCUUCCUCGUCUUCUUCUACCUCCUCGUCCUCAUCUCAGAGCUCCAGCCUCAGUUCUUCGAUUCACCACAGUGAACCCAACCCAAUCUACUCAGCUGCCCCAACCUACUCCAGCUCCAACUCUGAUAUCUUCCCAGACCAGGGCCAGGCUUUUCCCACUUCAGCUGGAACAGUGCAGUACCCACCCCCUGCUUAUCCCAAUAGCAAGACCUGCAGCACAAGCUUCCCUGUGCCCAUGAUUCCUGACUACCUCUUCCCUCAGCAGCAGGGAGAGAUCAGCCUGGUCCCUCCUGACCAGAAGCCCUUCCAGAAUCAGUCAAGCCAGCCCUCCCUGACUCCUCUUUCUACCAUCAAGGCUUUUGCAACCCAGACUGGUUCGCAGGACUUAAAAAGUGUCUACCAGUCCCAGCUAAUCAAGCCUAGCCGCAUGCGCAAGUACCCCACCCGGCCAAGCAAGACACCACCCCACGAAAGGCCGUACGCUUGCCCCGUGGAGACCUGCGAUCGGCGCUUUUCACGGUCUGAUGAGCUGACGCGUCACAUCCGCAUCCACACAGGUCAGAAACCCUUCCAGUGCCGCAUCUGCAUGCGUAACUUCAGCCGCAGUGACCACUUGACAACGCACAUCCGUACUCACACCGGCGAGAAGCCUUUUGCCUGCGAGAUUUGCGGACGCAAAUUUGCCCGCAGCGACGAGAGGAAAAGACACACAAAGAUCCACCUACGGCAGAAGGACAAGAAAGCAGAGAAGGUGGGGGCAGUGGUCGCAACAGCAACCCCGGUCUCAGCAGCCUCACCUCCCUCCAGCUACCCCUCUUCCAUCACUUCCUAUCCUUCUCCAGUGUCUUCUUACCCCUCUCCAGUCACCUCCUGCUACUCCUCUCCCGUCCACACUUCCUACCCAUCUCCAUCCAUCGCCACCACCUACCCAUCGGUGUCCAUGUCAAGCACCUUUCAAUCCCAGGUGGCCUCCUCCUUCCCCUCGUCAGUGGCAUCCAACAUCUACAGCUCCCCUGUCCCCACCCCGCUCCCAGACAUGCAGACCACCCUUUCCCCAAGGACAAUCGAGAUCUGCUAAGAACGAGCAAAGACAAGAACUUUUUUUAUUCUCUCCGUACCUCUCUUUCCUUAAGGUUUUUUGAGGGGAAAGAAAUCAGCAUCAAAAGGACUUUGUUUUUCCCCCUCCAAAAAGCACUUUUCUGCUCCCUGUGCAGUGUUAGGUGAAUCUUGAGAUUUACCUGAAAGAGAGAAAAAGACACAUGUCAAGGACCGGGCAAAGACAAUAGAAGAUGAAAAGGGAUUUUUUUUUUCUGUCUCUAAAACAAAUGCAGCACUUCAAGUGCAUAUGGGACUCUGGAGACAGAGAAACUGGCAAGUCUCUGUUAUAGGUACACAAUAACCAUGAGACAAACAGAUCGCCUGCAGUUGAAGUACAGAGGCAUGUUCGUCCUUGCAGGCGGUCAUACAGUACUAAAGACAAUGAAUGAUAUACAUAAGCUAUCAUAUAUGUAUAUUGUACAUGUGCCACGUUUCGUUUUUAUCAUUCUUUGGUACCACUGAUGUGAACAGUUGUUUGCAUAUUUGCAUUGUAUUAUUUGAAGUGAGCAGGGCCAUAUUUUCUACAUACUUUCUCUAUUAUGUAGUGAUGAUGCUGUGAUACGUUUCGACAUUGUUUGAAGAAAAAAAAAACCGCACUUAAGUAUUCAAGCAUGAGUAAGAGUGAUGUUCGUUUCUGUUUGUAAAUAUCAUCCACUGGUACUAUCUCUUUCUCUCUUUCUCACAUGUGACAUAUCGCUCAGUUAUAUGGAAAAACAGAGAAAAGAAAAAAAAAACAUUUUCUUUUUUUUUUUUAGAAAAAAACUUAAACGCUCCUGUUAUUUGGUGCCUUUUGUGAAGCCUUGUUGAUUGUGUGACAUGGCUGAGCGCGAGAGACGAUGCACAGCAUCUCGCCUUAAGGGUUGAGGGACUAUUUUUGUUACAGAAUGUACACAGAGGGAGUGAAGGGACGAGCUCCGAGGGCACCGCUUCAUUUUAUCAGAAUGUAAGCAAAAAAGGAUAAAAAUUAUAAAGUCUAUUUUUGUAAAACUGAAAUGUAAAUAUCUACAUCUUCAAGAGCUGGAAUGUUGAAGUUACCUACUGAGUAGGCAUGGGAUUCUUUUGUAUGUUAUAUACAUGCAGUUCAUUAUUUUGUGGUUUAUCUUUAUUUUGUAAUUGUGUUUGUUAAAACAAGUGACUGUUUCUGGCUUCUAAACACAUUGAAUGCGCUUAACUGCCAACGGGAUAUUUGGUGUACAAGAUAUCCUUCCAGAAAUGAAAUAUAAAUAAAAAUCUGAAUAUAUAUGUA